AUGGCUGUAAAUAGGAAAAAUAGGCCUUUGGAUCAUUCUUUACAUAAACAAUUGGGUAAAUAUAAGCAUAAUAUAGUAAAUAAUCUUAAAAAUAAAGAUAUAAAAAGAAAAGCUGUUUAUGAAGGAACAAGGAAAAAAGGUGUUGGAGUAGAUGACCUUACACUAUUGUCAGUAAUUAACGAUGAAUCUAUUAAUGAUAAUUUGAAAAAAAGAUUUCAAAAUAAAGAAAUUUAUACAUAUAUUGGAAAUGUUCUUAUUAGUGUAAAUCCUUUUCAGGAUCUUGGAAUAUAUACUAAUGAGGUUUUGCAAUCUUAUCGAGGAAAAAAUAGAUUGGAAGAGAAACCUCAUGUGUAUGCUAUUGCAGAAAGUGCAUUUUAUAAUAUGGUUUCAUAUAAAGAAAAUCAGUGUAUUAUUAUUAGUGGGGAGUCUGGUGCUGGAAAAACAGAAGCAGCAAAGCGUAUUAUGCAAUAUAUUGCAUGCAUUUCUUCUGGAAAUUCUCAAAUUGAAGAAAUUAAAAAUAUUGUUCUUGCAACUAAUCCAUUGCUUGAGUCAUUUGGAUGUGCAAAAACUCUUAGAAAUGAUAAUUCAUCACGUCAUGGGAAAUAUUUAGAAAUUCUCUUUAAUUCUCGUUCAGAACCAAUAGGUGCAAAUAUUACAAAUUAUUUACUUGAAAAAAGUAGAGUUGUUUCUCAAAUAAAAAAUGAACGAAAUUUUCAUAUAUUUUAUCAAUUCACAAAAUGUGCUAAUCAGUAUUAUAGAGAAGAAAAUUAUGGUAUUCAGCAGCCUGGUGCAUAUUUUUAUACCAGCGUUUCGGAUUGCUUUACUGUUGAUGGAAUAGAUGAUUCGUCUAAUUUUUUCGAAACCUGUAAGGCAAUGGAAACUAUAGGGCUUUCUUUAGAUGAUAAAAAUAAUAUAUUUCGUAUGCUUUCUAUAAUUUUAUGGCUUGGUAACGUUCAGUUUCAAGAAGAUCAGGAUGGAAAUGCUGUUAUUUUUGAUAAUUCAGUUACAAGGUUCAUUGCUUAUCUUAUGGACGUAGAUGUUGAAUCUGUCAAUAAAGCAUUAACUACUCGUGUUUUGGAAACGCAAAGAGGAGGACGUAGAGGGUCUAUUUACGAUGUUCCAUUGAAUCCAUUGCAAGCUAAUUCUACAAAAGACGCAUUGGCAAAAUCUAUUUAUAAUAACUUAUUUGAAUGGAUAUUAAAAGAAAUCAAUUUAAGUAUGAAAGCACGUGAAGAUGUUUCAUAUACAAUAGGAAUUUUGGAUAUUUAUGGAUUUGAAGUUUUCGAAAAUAAUAAUUUUGAACAAAUUUGUAUUAAUUAUGUUAAUGAAAAAUUACAACAAAUUUUUGUUCAUCUUACUCUAAAGGCUGAACAAGAAGAAUAUGUUCGUGAAAAAAUCAAAUGGACUCCAAUAAAUUAUUUUAAUAAUAAGAUUGUAUGUGAUCUUAUUGAAGAAAAAUAUCCACCUGGGAUAUUUGCAGCUUUAAAUGACACUGUGGCCAGUGUGCAUGCUGAUUCUAUUGCUGCUGAUAGUUCAUUUAUUCAAAAGCUUAGUUUUUUAGUAUCUAACCCUCAUUUUGAACAGAGACAAAAUCAAUUUAUUAUUAAACACUAUGCAGGAGAUGUAAUAUAUACUGCACAUGGGAUGACAGAAAAAAAUAAGGACAAUAUGCUUAAGGAUCUUCUUAAUUUGAUUAUUAAGAGUGAUGAUUCAUUUUUACACGAAUUGUUUCCAGAAAAAAUAAAUACAAAUUCUAAAAAAAGACCGCCUACUUCUGUAGAUAGAAUAAAGGAAUCAGCAAAUAAUUUAGUAAAUAGUUUAAUGAAAUGUCAGCCUUCUUAUAUUAGGACUAUUAAGCCUAAUUCUACUAAAUCUCCUGUAGAAUAUGAUGAGAAAGAAGUUCUUCAUCAAAUAAAAUAUUUAGGUUUACGGGAAAAUAUAAGAAUCAGAAGAGCUGGAUUUGCAUAUAGACAAACAUUUAAUAAAUUUGUUGAAAGGUUUUAUUUAUUAUCACGUAAAUGUAGUUAUGCGGGUGAAUACAUUUGGAAAGAUAGUUUUUGUUUAGCUUGUGAGCAAAUUUUCAAAGAUGUUGGUAUUCCUGUUUCAGAAUAUCAGAUAGGAAUAACAAAAGUAUUUAUUAAGCAUCCAGAAACUAUUUUUUCUUUGGAAGCAAUGAGAGAUAAAUAUUGGCAUAAUAUGGCUAUUAGAAUACAGAGAGCAUGGCGUAAUUAUUUAAAAUAUCGUAAUGAAUGUGCUAUAAAAAUUCAAAGGACAUGGAGAAAGAAUAAAGAUAUCUUAUAUUAUAUUGAACUUCGAAAUCAAGGUCAUCAGAUUCUUGGAGGAAGAAAAGAAAGACGUAAAGCUAGUCUGUUGUAUAGUAGAUGUUUUAUGGGUGAUUAUAUGGAUAUUAAUUCUAAUGGAGAUUUGGGAGAAAUGUAUAAAAAUGCUUUUGAUAUUAAUGACACUAAAAAUGUAGAAUUUUCCUGUACAAUUGAGCUUUUAUGCUCUAAACUUGGCAGGUCUAGUAAACAAAAACCAAAACAGCUUAUUAUGACAAGUAAUAUGAUAUAUAUUUUUUCAACAAUUAUUAUUAAUAAACAGCUUAAUGUUCUUCUCGAAAGAUCCAUUAAGUUAAAGGAAAUUCGUUGUGUAGCUCUUUCAUGUUUAUGUGAUGAUUGGGUCUGUAUUAAGCUUGAUAGUAAAAAUGAGUCUGAUCUUUUUUUUUCUUGUGUUUUUAAAACGGAAUUUGUAACUCGUCUAAAGCUUAUAUUGCAUAAUUUGGCUCUUCAGAUAGGGUCUAGUAUUGAAUAUAAUAAAAGACCUGGAAAAAUUUCUACUGUUAAAUUUAUUAUAGAUUCAAAGAUUCCUGUUAAUGAUAUAUAUAAAAGUGGUAUUGUAUAUGUUCUUCCUGGAGAACCAUCUAAUAGUCUUUCAAAAUAUUCUUUGAGAAAAGUUAUAUCGAAUCAACCAGUAAGAGUUAAUAGUAGAUUGAAAACACCAUUAGUACCCGCAAAAUAUUUUGCUUCUGAUGCCAAUUUUUCAAAGGAGCAAUAUGCAUGUUUUUUAUCGACUAAAACAUCAUCAUCUUUGCCUGUAAAUCAUGUUAAACCUUAUUAUAUUGCCUUAUAUGACUUUGAAGGUCAGAAUUCUAAUGAAAUGUCUUUUAGGAAAAAUGAGAUUUUGGAUAUUAUACAUAAAGAAAGUAAUGGUUGGUGGUUGGCAAGAAAAAAUGGAAUAGAAGGAUGGGUUCCUGAAAACUACUUAAAGGAAGAAAAGCCUAGACCGCAAAUACCUUUGACUGUUAUGCGUCCAUCUUUGGCUAUGGGUGGCAAAAGUAAUGAUUUUUCGUCUGAGAUACAAAAAUUAAAGAUUUCAAAAUCGAGCUUGUCUGAGCCCAAGCAAACUCAUGAACCUGUAAAUUAUACACCAUCUAUACCUGCGCGUCCAUCGAAAUUAAAAUAUAAUGUGAACAAAAAAGGCUAUACUAGUGCCUUCGUUGAUGAACUUCGAGAGCGUAUGAAUUCUUAG